GCUUCCUAAUCCACGGAUCAGUCCCCCAAACCAAAGGCUUCCUCAUCCACGGAUUAGUCCCACAAACCAAAGGCUUCCUAAUCCACGGAUCAGUCACCCAAACCAAAGGCUUCCUAAUCCACGGAUCAGUCCCCCAAACCAAAGGCUUCCUAAUCCACGGAUCAGUCCCCCAAACCAAAGGCUUCCUAAUCCACGGAUCAGUCCCCCAAACCAAAGGCUUCCUAAUCCACGGAUCAGUCCCCCAAACCAAAGGCUUCCUAAUCCACGGAUCAGUCCCCCCAACCAAAGGCUGUCUAAUCCACGGAUUAGUCCCCCAAACCAAAGGCUGUCUAAUCCACGGAUUAGUCCCCCAAACCAAAGGCUUCCUAAUCCACGGAUCAGUCCCCCAAACCAAAGGCUUCCUAAUCCACGGAUCAGUCCCCCCAACCAAAGGCUGUCUAAUCCACGGAUUAGUCCCCCAAACCAAAGGCUGUCUAAUCCACGGAUUAGUCCCCCAAACCAAAGGCUGUCUAAUCCACGGAUUAGUCCCCCCAACCAAAGGCUUCCUAAUCCACGGAUCAGUCCCCCAAACCAAAGGCUUCCUAAUCCACGGAUCAGUCCCCCAAACCAAAGGCUUCCUAAUCCACGGAUCAGUCCCCCCAACCAAAGGCUGUCUAAUCCACGGAUUAGUCCCCCAAACCAAAGGCUUCCUAAUCCACGGAUCAGUCCCCCAAACCAAAGGCUGUCUAAUCCACGGAUUAGUCCCCCCAACCAAAGGCUUCCUAAUCCACGGAUUAGUCCCCCAAACCAAAGGCUUCCUAAUCCACGGAUCAGUCCCCCCAAACCAAAGGCUUUCUAA